CUGGCAGCCACUUACAGCAUUGUGUCGUCCUGGCGACUAAAAGACAGGCAGAAAGUGAGUGAGCAUGAGUGAGAGACUAGAGGGAUGACAGCAGUGUCAACACCAUCGACAUGCGCGCUUCCAGUCGUCUUUUGUCUUCCUUCACUUUUGGAUCUGUGUGAUUUUAAUUUAUUCCUCUUUUUUUACUUUUUCAAAAGAAAGUGUUUGAAAGGUACAUCAGAUAGGUUUUCCUCCAAAGAGCUCAAUUUUGGACAUUGAAGCCACAUGGGGGCCAUCAUGUUCCUGCGCUUUGAUAUGCAUCCAAUCUUUGCCAGCCGGGGACAUUCUGAACGCUUUAAAGGAUUUUGACUCACGUCCUCCACGCACGCACACAUGGACAAAUACAUGUGACAGGGCAGAGAAUCCUCGAUGCAGGAUGUAUUUUAAGGACAAAUACAGAUAUUAUACUCUAAGUUACACUGUAUCCAAACCUCUAUUAAAGGUCAGUCAAGUAAAAAGUCGCUUUCAGUAGAACAAUAACAGUUGCAUUCAAAUCAAGGUCGCAGCUUGAAUGUUCACUGAAAGACGGCCACUUGUCGAGCAGUGAUUCACAACUACUUGCAAUUUAAUUUCAAAGGUCCAAAAAUUAUUUAUUCAAAUUAAUGUAGCUGUGAUCCUCUAUCUAUGCCAGUGAUGUACAGUGACAGGGUGAACAAUCAAACUUAACUCCACCAGAUAGCAGAGAUAACAAAAAGCGUAUCCAUACUGCCAUUUUUAAGACAAUAAUUGCUUUGAGUUUAGCUAAAGGGGCCCACAUUUCAUACUAAGCAAAUUUUUCUUAAAAUUGAAACAGUAUAAUUAUUUCAGUAUAUUCUUGCACCUUUUUUUUCUUGGUGGUGUGGUUCCAUUCUAAAAAUAUGUGCCUUGGCCCAAUAAAUGAGGGGCGGCACUUUAAGAAAAAAGUUUUCAUAACCAGCGUUUUGUGUUUCCUCCUAAAUGAAGGGUGAGGUAAAGUAAACGCAAAGUUAAAAGAAAAAAAAAAACAAACUUGUGUGUGCUAUUACACAUGAGCAUGUUUGUCGUUGUGAUACAUAAGAGCCACUAGGACAAUGCACAUUGAAACACACCCCACAAACAUACACACUUAUAAAAAGGAGGAGUCUCCAAAAUGAUGGAGAAGAUAAAGCCUGAAGAGCCGCACACUUCCCCGGAGCCCCUCCCUAGUGCCUCACCUCCACCGUGUGUGUCUGAUGAGAAAGAUGCCCCCGACUGCAUGGAGACGGCUACAUCGACCAAUGUGCGCAUUGAACCCGUUGACAUGGAGACGGAGGAGCAUCAAGGAGUCCCAGCAAUGAUUGUUUCUCCCACUGAAUCGCCAAAACUUGCCUCUCCCCCACCUCUUCUCCCAGCGAAGAACAACAUGGGGCAGGUCCCUCCAUCGUCUGCUACAACUUCUUCGUCUUCCUCAUUGUCCUCUCCUCUUCCUUCGCACAUUCCUGUCAUCAGUCUGGCCCACAGCAAGCCCCCUCUGGCCAUUUCCAACCCGCUGCUGACCGCCCUCCACCCGAUUCCCAGAAAGCAUCCUCACCUGGAGCUGCGUCGCACUCAGCUGGCCUGUUUGCCCGUCAGCGGUUCUGGGGGCUCUGCGAACACUGGGGGUCCAUCAGGGCUGGCUCAGACGUACCUGCAGCCAGCUCAUCCUUUCUUCUCAAGCUCUUUCUUGGGUGCCUCUGGUGGAGGAUAUGGCGUCAUCACAAGCGGUCGAGUUAAAAGAAGACCUUCGUCACACUUUGAGAUGGAGAUCAAUGAUUGUCCUCCUCAGAAAAUUGCUCGCCGUGUCUUCACCAACAGCCGCGAGCGCUGGCGUCAACAGAACGUGAACGGCGCCUUCUCAGAACUGAGGAAGCUAAUCCCCACUCAUCCGCCUGACAAGAAGCUGAGCAAGAACGAGAUCCUGCGUCUGGCCGUCAAGUACAUCAACUUUCUGGUCACCCUGCUGGACGACCAGGCCCAAGACGGGAGCAGGGACUCAGACGAAGAGGACUCACAGAAGAUGGACUUAUCCAGCACGGACAACAAACUUGAACCACUAUUUCCAUGUGACACUCCUCCUCCAUCCCAAGGCGCAUCUCCGCCUUCAUCUUGUCCCGGGGUGACGAGGUCUAGCCACCAGAAACGAGACUCCACAGAUUCAGUGACUCUACUGGGAGCCUCGCCGACAAGCUCCAGUUGCGACAGCGACAUGAACAGCGAGGACAGCUAUGGGGCAAAAGCCUCUGUGGUGACGCAUAGUACUUUGGGCAAUGUCAAGGGUCAGAUAAGGAUGGUGGCAGCUACACAAGAUGAGCGGUGACCACAAAAGUAAGUGUGAGGGUGUUAAAGUGUGUGUGAUAUAAUUGAUUCGAUACCAAAGAGAGAAGCUGGCUUUUGAGUUUGAUGUUAUGUUGUAAUUUGUUUCGUCUUUUUCAAUAAAGUGCCAAUAUCUUAAUAAUGUUUAACCCUUUUGUGAAUAGUGGUUUUUUUUUGUUUGUUUGUUUCGUUUUGGUUUUUAACCCUCAUUGGCUCCCAUUGCCGGUGCAAGACGUCCAAUCCCUUUUGACUCGGGGCAGGGGGGUUAUGAAAAUGUUUAAAAGUGUUUGUAAAUAUCAAAAUUUCAACAAAAGGGUUUGUAUUUUGUGUUUCCUGAGCACCCCUCCUCAAAAUGACUGUGA